CCUCUUCCCAAUAUUUUGGCGGGAGAUUGCCACCGCGCCGCCUCCACUUCCCGCGCAAUCGCAAGAGGCCAUGGACGGCGGCUCCUCCUCGCCGGCGAGGCCUCCAAGGGCCGGGUCGUCCGCGACGGAGAUGGAGGAGUACCAGAACUGGAAAAAGAACGCGCCGGUGCUCUACGACCUCGUCAUCUCCCAGCCGCUCGAGUGGCCAUCGCUCACCGUGCAGUGUUUCCCCUCCUCCCAGUCGCCGGAGUCCACCCGCUCCCACCGGCUCGUCCUCGGCACCCACACAUCCGACGGGUCCCUCAACCACCUCAUGCUCGCUGACGCCGUCCUCCCGCUCCCGCCCCGCUUGGCGGCCGCGGCGGCGGCUGCGGGCGGCGCCGUCCCGGCCCCGUCCGUGUCCAUCUCCCGCUCGGUGCCGCACAAGGGCGAGGUUAACCGCGCCCGCUGCAUGCCGCAGAGGCCGUACACGGUGGCUACCAAGAGUUGCGUCGACGAGGUGCAUGUGUAUCAUCUUGGCGACGGCGGCGAGAAGGGCGGCGCCGAUGUGGUGCUUAAGGGGCAUGAGGCGGAGGGCUAUGGGCUGGCGUGGAGUCCAAUGAAGGAGGGGUUGCUGUUGAGUGGCUCGUAUGACAAGAAGAUUUGCCUCUGGGAUCUAGCUGCUGGGAGUGGAGCUCCGUCUCUAGAUGCGCGGCAUGUGUUUGAGGGUCAUGACGAUGUUGUUGAAGAUGUUGCAUGGCACCUGAAAGAUGAUAACCUAUUUGGAUCUGUUGGGGAUGACUGCAAGUUGAUGAUGUGGGACUUGCGUACUAACAAACCAGGACAAUCAAUUGUUGCGCACCAAAAAGAAGUCAACUCCUUGUCCUUCAAUCCUUUUAACGAGUGGAUCUUGGCUUCAGCAUCCGGAGAUGCAACUAUUAAGCUGUUUGACUUGCGAAAACUGUCAAGAAGCUUGCAUGUAUUCGACAGCCAUGAAGGAGAGGUUUUUCAGGUUGAGUGGAAUCCUAAUUUGGAGACUGUGUUAGCAUCUUCUGCUUCAGAUAAAAGGGUGAUGAUAUGGGACGUUAGUAGGAUCGGAGAUGAGCAGGCAGAGGAAGAUGCAAACGAUGGUCCACCGGAGCUGCUAUUCGUGCAUGGAGGGCACACAGCUAAGAUAUCAGAAUUGUCGUGGAACCCCACCCAGAAAUGGGUCAUUGCCAGCGUGGCGGAAGAUAACAUCCUGCAGAUCUGGGAGAUGGCAGAAAGCAUAUACUGUGAUGAUAAUUAUCUGCAUGACAAUGAUGAUUCGUGUCAAGCCACAUAAGGAUUUUUGCGAGUUCCCUAUUGUGUUCUGUUGUGACUUUGGAUGGUUGGACGGAUGAUAUAUGCAUUUAACUAUUUAAGUGUUAGAUCAUGGGUUGAUGGAUGAUUUAUGCAGUUAACCUCUAGGCUUUGAGAUGCGGUUGUUUAAUCAGCUUUCGUUUUCGCUUGACAC